AUGGAGACGGUGACCCUUGGAGGAGAAGAUGAUGUUGAAGACGGUGGAGACGGAGACGAUGAUGACGUGAGCGAUCAGGGGCCAGUGUUUGCAGACGGAUCAAUCUACUGGGUCACGGGAGAUGAAGAUGGAGAUCCAACAUCAAAUACCAAACUCAUAGUUUUUGAUAUUCACACAGAGAUGUUUCAAAUCAUUCAAACCCCACCUUUUAUUACCUCUGAUUGUUAUGGUGAUAGCAUUGUUCUAUGCAAUCUCCAUGGCCGUCUCUGCAUCUCUGAGUGGAUUGGAGAUAAGCAAGAAAUUUGGUGGAGGGUUAAAGACAACACAUGGGAAAAGAUCUUCUCCGUUCACUUGCCUUCCACUUCCAAUUACUCCACUUUGUUUGGUACUCAUGACAUUCCGCACCCUCCUCUCACACCUUUGGCCAUUUGUAGGGACACCAAUAAGGUUAUCCUCGUGCUUCGCGAUGAAGAUAACCUCGUCGCUUUCGAUCUUAAUCCUCAUUCUACAGGUUAUUAUCAUUUGUAUCACUCUUGUUACAAACGCUUAGCUGUUCCUUAUUUUCCAAGUUUAUCUCUUUCGUUCUAUUGA